UCAGUCAACUACAAAGAUACACACAGAGAGAGAUAUAAAUACUUUCAGACAGAAGAUGGCUACUUUGGUCAACGGGACAUCUCCGGAGACGGUGGAGAUGAUGAAGGCGACAUCAAAUGGAGUAUUCCAAGGAGAGAGUCCGCUAGACUUUGCUCUUCCUCUUGUCAUUCUACAGAUUUGUCUUGUCGUCGCCGUCACUCGCUCUUUGGCGUUCCUCCUCCGUCCCAUGAGACAGCCACGCGUAGUCGCUGAGAUCAUCGGUGGGAUACUUCUCGGCCCGUCGGCUCUCGGCAGAGUCACGGCGUACAAGAACUCAUUGUUUCCGGCGAAAAGUCUGACGGUGCUCGACACCCUUGCAAACCUCGGCCUCCUUCUCUUCCUCUUCCUCGUAGGCCUGGAGAUUGAUCUGAAAUCUCUCCGACGCACCGGCAAAAAAGCGAUUUCCAUCGCCGCCGGCGGAAUGCUCCUCCCUUUCGCGAUGGGCGUCGUCACCUCCUUCGCCUUCCCGGAAUUUUCUUCCACUUCCGGUGACAAUAACAGAGUUCCGUUCAUCAUUUUCAUGGGAGUAGCACUCUCGCUCACAGCUUUCGGAGUCUUGGCUCGAAUCCUCGCUGAGCUAAAGCUUCUCACCACCGAUCUCGGCCGUAUUUCAAUCUCCUCCGCCGCCAUCAACGACGUCUUCGCUUGGAUUCUCCUCGCUCUCGCCAUAUCUCUCUCCGGCGACAGGAGUUCCUUACUUGUUCCUCUCUGGGUUCUGUUAAGUGGAACCGCGUUUGUGAUCGCUUGUUUUACAAUCGCGCCGCAAAUUUUCAAACUAAUCUCUCGGCGCUGCCCCGAAGGCGAGCCGAUAGCCGAGAAGUACGUCUGCCUCGCGCUUUGCGCGGUUCUGAUCGCAGGUUUCGCAACAGACGCGAUUGGAAUCCACGGGAUUUUCGGCGCGUUUGUAAUCGGUUGUUUGUUUCCCAAGGGGCAUUUCGCAGACGCGAUUGUGGAGAAGAUUGAAGAUCUCGUCAUGGGCCUUCUUCUGCCGUUGUACUUCGUUAUGAGCGGUUUGGAAACGGACAUAACUACCAUUCACGGUGUGAAAUCGUGGGGACGACUCGCGCUGGUGAUCGUUACGGCUUGUUUUGGGAAGAUCGUUGGGACAGUUAGUGCUGCCUUGUUGAGCAAGGUAGGGCUUCGUGAUUCGCUUGUUCUUGGUGUCUUGAUGAACACGAGAGGUUUGGCCGAGCUUAUUGUUCUCAACAUUGGCAAAGACAGAAAGGUUUUGAGCGAUCAGACAUUUGCAAUUAUGGUUCUCAUGGCGAUCUUCACGACAUUCAUCACAACGCCACUAGUCAUGGCCCUUUACAAAACAAGCGAGACAACGCAAACGCAGGAUAGCGAUAGCUACAAGAACUGCAAACGCAGACGCAAGAUUGAGAGUGAGAAAGAAGAAGAGCAAACGCAGCAGCUUAAGGUUUUGAUAUGUCUUCACAGCGGUAAAGAUAUUAAUCCGAUGGUGAAACUAAUCGAAGCUUCUCACGGAAGAAACUUUUGCGUUUACGUUAUGCAUUUAACCCAACUCUCGAAGGGACCUUCUUCGAUUCGAAUGGUUCAGAAGGCGAGAAGAAACGGUUUGCCUUUUUGGAACAAGAAAAGAGAUAACGUCUUGGUCGCGUUCGAAGCGUCUUGUAACGUGAGAAACGUUUCAGUGCGUUCCGUGACCGCGAUUUCACCUUUGGUAACAGUUCAUGAGGAUAUAUGUAGCUCUGCGGAUAGCAAACACGCAGCGUUUGUGAUUCUGCCGUUUCAUAGACAGUGGAGUUCUCUUGAGCAAGAAUUUGAAACGGUGAGAUCAGAGUUUCAGGGGAUUAACAAAAGAGUUCUUCAAAAUUCGCCGUGUUCUGUAGGAAUCUUGGUCGACCGUGGCGGUCUCAGUGACAAUGAUUCUGAGGUAGCUUCAAGGAGCUUCUCGCUUUCCGUCAAUGUUCUGUUCUUUGGUGGGGGCGAUGAUCGUGAAGCCUUGGCUUACGGGUUACGAAUGGCGGAGCAUCCUGGGAUUAAGUUGACCAUUGUGGCUAUCUCCGGUUCAGACAUCUCUAAAUCUUAUAUACUUGAAGCGCAAGAAACACCUCCCUUUCUGUUAGACGAGCGAUUCCUUGCCGCAAUCAAGAACAAGGCAGCCAUUUCGACAAGAUUUGAAGAGAGGAUAGUGAAUUCGACAUAUGAAGCGGUUAAGAUUAUCCAGGAGUUUUGCAAGUGUGAUAUUUUAUUAGUCGGAAAAUCCUCGGAAAGGCCCUUUGUUUCGAAGCUACCGGUUAUGAUGAAGAUGGAUUAUCCGGAACUUGGACCGGUUGGAAACUUGAUCCUCAUAUCUACUUCGGUUUCAGUAUUGGUGGUUCAGCAGUACACCACGAGAAAUCCUUCCGUUGUGGGUUCAGUCUCUGUUGCGGUGGUGGAGACGCCAUGAAAUGAAAAGAAAAAACUAAAAA